AUGCAUGUGUCCGCGUUAUAUAAUCUGCCGAGCGUUUCCCGCGAAUCAGCGAGCGAACUCAGCGAGCUUCGGGAUAAAGCAAAUCGCGCAAUCACGUCGCUGAAGAAUUUAGAUCGUUCCGAAUCCGACAUUCUCAGCGACAUGCUUAUGUAUAGCGUCACGCAACGGCUUGAUCCCGUCACUCGGAAAGCGUGGAAACUAAAGGGUGGGGAUGACGCGCGAAUCCCAACAUUCAGCGAACUCGACCGAUUCCUCGAUUCUCGUGCUCGCGCGCUCGAAGAAUUGCAUCCCGCGAAUGUAGACAAACAAGCUCGCGCGCAGAGGGCGACCAGCGCUACAGCAUCGGGAGCUUCUUCAAUUUCGUGUCCGCUUUGUAAAGCAUCUCACUUCCUACACAAAUGUCAAGUCUUUCUGAAAAAGAAUCCGAGUCAACAAUUGGAAGCAGUAAAAAAGGCGAAUCGCUGUGUAAAUUGCCUAAGCGACAAACACGCCGUACAGCUAUGUCAAAGCAAAUAUUCGUGCCGAACAUGUCGCAAAAGACAUCAUUCGAUGUUGCACGUCGACUCGGACACUUCUUCCACGAAAGAUACCUUUACCGCGAAAGAUACGCCUGCCGCGGAAAAUACUUCUGUCGCGACCGCAUCGAUCCACGAUGCCGCGCCCAUCACGACAUUAUUCUCGAGCGCGAAAGUGUCGUCGAUGCCUCCCGUGUUGCUCGCGACGGCAAGG